CAUAAACCUCACCACAUUUUGCUGCCGCAGCUGUUGCGGCGCACGCAGGGAGAGGCGCGCUCUCGCUCCGGUGACUGCGUCCAGUGUGGCACCGGGGCUUUUUCCCCGCUGAUUGGCGCAAACCGAGCGCGUUUUUUUUUUCGAGCGGCUGGAGACGGAAUGCUGUCGAUCGCGGCACGGUCGGUCUGAGCAGAAGAGUGAGGACACCGCUCAUUUACCAUGAGCUGUUUGGAUGUUAUGUACCCAGCCUAUGGACAUUACGCACCGUACGCACCGACGACUCCUGCUUUCAUCAAUAGCUUACAGGCUCCCACAGGUCUGAGCAGCGCUUCUCACUGCCGGGAUUUUAUGGACGCUCCCAGGGGCCCCGAGGGGAUGUCUGGGGGCCCAGGCACCGCGGGGUCAGCUUCCUCCUCGUCUUCAUCCAGCUCUUCGUCCUCCUCCUACACGCCCGCGGCUUCGAGGGCCGAGGAGGGCCCCAAGGAGAAGCAGGAGGCCCCAGAGGCAGAGUAUCUGACCUCACGCUGCGUCCUCUUCACCUACUAUCAGGGAGAUAUCAGCAGCAUGGUGGACGAGCACUUUUCCAGGGCGCUCAGCUCCUAUAUGGAUGGAGAGGGCAAACGGCGGGCACCAGACCAACAGGGCACAGAGACCCCUUCGCCCAGCAGCCGGCGAAGCUUCCCUCCAUCCUUCUGGGACAGUAACUACUCCUCACCUCAAAGUCGCUCCCACUGCGACACAGGAACACCCUCCUAUUCCAUGGACCCAUACGGAUCGGGGCUCCACCCAGGUCUGCCUCAUCCACAUGCGCAUCCUCACCCACACACUCAUCCUCACUCCCACCCUCACCCUCCAGACAGCUGGGGCUAUCCUCAGGCUCAAGCCUACGGGCCUCCGAGGCCUCUUCACGAACUUUAUUCCCCCUCAGCUCUGGAGCCUCACUACGGGCCCCUGCUGAUGCCCUCAGUGAGGCCACCUCACCUCCCCGCUUUGCCGAGCCACUAUGACGUGAGCAAACUGGAGCCCGCCGCGUCGUGGCCCGGCCUGCUUCCACCCGGAGACGUCACGCAGACGCUGGCACUCAACAUGGAUGCGGGCCUCCAGCAGCACAAGAAAGGCAAGGAGCUGUACUGGUUCUAACGAGCCCUUUAGUCACAUUGACCAGCCAUUACCAGAUCCAAUUAGUCCCUGGACCUGCUCCGCUAUUGAAGCAGCAUGUCCCUUUAUUCCCCACACACACUCCAUCCCCAUUUACCCCCACCCCCUUCUCGCCGCUGCCGGCCUCCGCUGCCAGUACACAGCCUCGCUCCAGGUUGACGCGUGUGCACCAUGGAGAUAAAGCAGAGAGCGAGCGGGCGAGCGAGCAAGAGAGAGAGAGAGAGAGAGAGAGAGAGCGAGGCAGUGCAUCACCGUCCGCCGCCUGUGCCGCUGCUCCCCUUCCUCUCCCGACGCAGACUUUGGCAGCGCGCGGGCUCCGGUGACCCGUUUGGACCGAGCAGCGCCGGGCAUCGCAGCGGACGUUUUUCGCAGGCAGACAGAGGGAUGAACCGAGGGGCGGGGGGAUGAGCGCGGGUGGAAAGGGAUUCCCUCCAACGUCCCUGCUUAUCUCCGUCUCGUGCUCCUUGUUGAUACAGCGGUCGUCAUCAUCCACUUAUCUGCGUGUGGCGAAUGCAACAUGCGGCGGUGAUUUGGAGCAGCGUUGACGGCAGUUUAUGCGUUUUGAUUGUUAUUACGCUCUGUCAAAUAAAGUGUUUCUAUUUAUUAGUGUUUAUCUGCGUUUCUGCAAUGUUUGGUUAGGCCAGUGUUGAACUGAAAUUAUUGUGGUUCACUUUUAUUUGUGUUUUAAUAAAAGAAAGGGGAGAUGAAGAUGAUCAUAUUAUACGCUGGUAUUAUGUGAUUAACUCCAUCUCUGAAGGAACAUUUCAUAGAGAAUAAAGAUUAAAAGCUGUUUCAGUCAGUUUCAGUUGUUUAACGCUGAACAGUCACAUCGUGUUUCUAGAUGUUUUGAAUUUAGACUUUCAAAAUAUUUUUGAGAUGUUUUUCUUGUGUGUCUUUUCUCAUUUUUGUGUACAAGAAGAUUGUGAUGUCAAUAAAUAUUUUUAUGGUAAAUGGUAAA